UCUUUUCACGUAUUGUAUGCGUUAUUCUUUUCACUUAUUGUGUACUAAGACCAGCCGCAACGCUGAUCCUUAAUGGAUCCUUAGCGGGUAAUCCGAUGGUUAUCGGAUUAAAAUAACAAUAUUUAACCGAAAUAAUCCAAGGAUCAAUCCGUAAAUAAGGAUUAAACGGAGUUGAUCCUUAGAGACGUGGCGCGUUCUGGUUCGUCCGUCGGCUUUGUCAUUCGUACGUAUCAAAAAAAAACUAAUCAUUUUCGACCAAAGGCGAGGAAAAAAAACGUCUCGAGUGAAGGCGAUAUCAAAGGCGAUUCGAUCCAUCCCGAGAAGAAGGUAAAUCGUAGGGUGAUUUUGUAGAUUUAUGCGUCGAGAUUUUGUUAUCUUUGUUGUUUUCUCCUCAAAUUAGGGUUAGGUUUUGAAGAUUCAAUCGAUUUGUCUUUUAAAAUUAGGGUUUCAAGCGAUUUGGGGGUUUCACUCGAUUUAGGGUUUUCAAUCUAAUUUGUUUUGCGGAUUUUCUCGUUCGAUUACAAUCUUUUUGAUGUUCUUAUUUGUGUAGCUUACGGUUUAUAUGUGAUUCAUGUUUGCUUACGGUUCAUUGAAUCCGUGCUGGUUACUAAAAAUCUUUGUUUCUUUCAGGUUUAACCAAUCAUGGGACAAGACUAUUCGUACAGCCAGCCGUCAUCGUCAGAUGAGUUCGACAUGACGUACCUUCUUGAAGCAGAGGCUGCUCUUUACGCGGAUGAAGGACAGAGUAGUUUCUCUGUUGGCGAGGCUGUUCGCAACCCACCUGAGGCUGAUGAUGGCAUCCCAACGAGAUGUUACUGUGGCAGUGAGGCUGCUAUUGCAACAUCUUACACGCGAAAAGAUCCAGGGAGGUUGUACUACACGUGCGAGAAUAGAGAUGAUGGGGGCUGCCACAUAUGGAAAUGGUGGGAUGUGGCAGUCACGGAGGAGGUGUUUGAGGUUCAGAGGGAACUCAGGCUGCUUAAGGAGCAAGGUUACGAGUGUGAUCAGAAGCUGCUUAAGCUACAAAAGACCGUCUGUGAGCUCAAGACCGUCUGUGAGCUCAAGAAGAACAAAGAGUCUACAAAUGGCUAUGCAUUGGAAGUUUGUGUAAUGGUCUCCGUAUUGGUUUUUCUAGGUCUGGCGCUUAUGUUUGUCAAUGGAAGAGCUUCAAAGAUGUAAACGAGAGUGUCGAGAAGCUCGAGUCUCUCUUUAGGUACGAUACCACAACUGCCUAGUCUCUUUUCUAAUAACUAUAAACGUAUAGUAGUUAAGUAGAACCUAUUUAGUUAGUUGUUUGGUUUCUCUGCAUUGGUGGUAAUUGCUAGUUGUUUGGUUUCUAUAAAUUGGUGGUAAUUGCUAGUUAAGUAGAACCUAUUUAGUUAGGUUUCUAUCUUCCUACCGCCAUAGAUUUGAUUGUUUUAAAUGGCUGUUACCGUGAUUUGAUUGGUGUUUAAUGCAAGUAGUUAGCUUUCUACCUUCCUCACUGCUCGGUUCUAAUUGGCUUUUAAUGUUUGUUAGUUUAAUCUCGCCUAUUUAACUUUCUGUGUUGCUAUUAGAGUAACACAGAGCAAUCUGUAAACAUGGAUAAGCAAACUAGUUAUGUAAACCUCAGCUUUAGUCAAUCUCAGAGUACAGUGGACCUUGAAUCACCCGAACCUUAUUGGUUCGGUACCCAAGGUCCUGAUGAGUCCGUUCUCGAGUCUCCUCUCAACUCUGCUGUCGAGCCUAAUGCCAAGGAGAGGAGGAAAUGGUGCAUGAAGGAGGACAAAAUCCUUAUUGGUGCUUGGCUUAACACCAGUAAGGAUGCGGUGGUGAGCAAUGACCAGAAAGCUGGUCGCUUCUGGAAGAGGAUCGUCGACUACUACAACAACUGCCCGCAACUGGUGGGAACAACACCUAGAGAGCUGAAUCAGUGCAAGCAGAGGUGGGCUAGGAUUAACGAGCAAGUCAGCAAGUUCGUUGGAUCAUAUGACGCGGCUCUGAGGGAGCAGAGGAGUGGUCAAAAUGAUGAUGACGUGAUGAAAGCUGCUCUAGAGUACUUCUUCAAUCGUCACCGGACCAAGUUUGUCAUGGAACAUGCCUGGAGGAAGUUGAGGCAUGACCAGAAAUGGGCCUCCACCUUUGUGGGUAAGGACGGUGGGAAGGAAAAGCGGAAACAAGUUGAUAUAGAAGAUGAAGUGGGUGAACCAGAGGGUAGACCUAUAGGGAUCAAGGCUUCUAAAGCUGCUGCUAAGAAGAAGAAGAAUGGUAAAGAAGAGUCAUUGUCACAGAUUCAGGCCAUAAUGGAGAUGAAGUCGAAAGUGUCAACACAGAAGUUGCUUGAACGUCUACUUAGCAAAAAAGACCCACUCACUGAGAUGGAAACAUCUCUUAAGCUCAAACUCAUGUCUGAGAUGUUAUGAGGUUAGGUUGCAUAGUUAGCGUUCGUAUUCAACCUAUGUGUCGAGUAGUUACAUGUUGUUUGAUUGCAUAGUUAGCUGUAUUGAACGUAUGUGUGGAGGAAAAGUAAUAACUCUUGUCCUCUUUCAGUUUAAUGUGUUUUUCCAAAAGUAAUAACUAUGUGUGUACUCUUUCAGGUUCAGCAGUAGGGUCACGGGUGUUGCAAUGCACGGGUUAAGAUUGUCACGGGCUGUGAAGUACUCAAAGUCACGGGUGCUUCUGUUUUUCUAGCAUGUGAAGAUUGUCACGGGUGCUUUUAUGUUUCACGUUAAUGUAGUAUAAGUAGUAGUCAUUGUUGUUUAAACUAUUUAUCUCUUUCUCCUACGCACUUUGUAUUCAGCAACAAAACUUUGUAUCUCAUCUUCUCCUAUUUCCCUCAGCAACAAAACUUUGUAAUAUUAAACUUUGCUUCUCACUUUGUAUUUCCGUUAAACAUUGCUUCUCACUUUGCAUCUCAUCUUCUCCGACUGAAUCCACGGUGGACCAUUUUAUCUAUCUUGUUAUAAAGGAUACCUAAAUAUGUCAUCAUCUUCAUCCGAUGAUCUGGAAGAAAGAUUGGACGAAAUUAUCGACGAAUACGUCGAAGACUCAUUCAACAACAUAGUGGAGGGCAUGACCAUUAACCAAAGGGGACGUGCUUACAUAGAACGACACCGCGAAGGAGGACACAUACAAUUAUGGAAUGACUACUUCAGCGAAGAUUCGACCGACUUUAAAAAAAAAAGGCUUGAUUGGAAAAAUACAUUAACUAGUUCUUCUUUUUUUUCUGAAACAAAGGACUGUUACAAUUUGCUGACAAAAAAAAGGACUGUUCCACAUUAGUAUUACAAAAAUUACUUUGGGCAAUAAGUAUAGCUAUCCUUGGAUUCAAUUCAAUUCAAGUUUCAAUUUUGUGUCUCA